CCGCCACCGCAAGCGAAAGAGCGAGAGAGGACCAACUGAGAGGAGACGCGCGACUCGGCCUCCCGCAUCCACCCUCAUCCCCCUCCCUUCUAUCACCCGGCCUCGCCAGUUGCCCCCGUCCUUGCUUCGCUCCCCGCGCCCUUGAACAGCCCCCCUCUCUUUCGAUUGUGACCUUGAGCCCCUAAGCCGUGUCACGUAUGUCUGUCCUUUUCGAGACUCGCGCGCGUUGGGGCUUCGAGCCCGAGCGCCCGACCGAGCUGCGCCUGAACGCUGGCGAUGUCGUCUACGUGCUGGAUGCCUCGACCGGCGGGGAGUGGUGGAAGGGCCUGGUCGCCGACCCGAAGCGCCCGGGCAUCCCGGAGUCCCUGGACAAUUUGGACCAGCCGAUUGGCUGGUUCCCCAGCACCUAUGUAGAUUUGAAGCCCGCGCAGCGAGCGGCCGAGGCCAACCCCGAGCUGGGGAUUGUCCUCCCGCCGCCCGUGCCGGAUGACGAUGCGUCCUCCAUCGCUUCCAGCGAGCAUACGGCCCAGGCCGGUGAGGGGACUGCCGAUCCCCCGGAGUCAGCUGUGCUGGCCGUCAAGCUGAAGCCGGUGGCCCCGGCCACCUCGGCCGCUGCUGCCCCGGCAUCCAGUGAACCCGCCGCCCUGGUCAAGGCCCUGACUCCUGCGGCUGCCCGGGAUGUUCCCGCUGCCACGGCUGCUGCUGCUGCUGCUGCUGCUGCUCCCUCUUCCUCGGCAUCUGAUCUGCCGGGGCUGGCGGUCAUUGCCCCGACCGCCGACGCCUCGACCGCCGACGUCCCGACCGCCGAUGCCCCGGCAGCCGAUGCUCCAGUCGCCGAUGCCCCGGCCAUUGAUGCCCCGGCCGCCGGCGGGGUGGUCAUCGUGCCGGAGGAUACCUCCGAGCCUUUCUUGCCGCCCAUUUCCUCCACCCAGAACCGGGCGUGGUACACUCUCUACAAGCAUCGCGAGGGACAGAAGGAGCAGUCCUUCCAGUCGCCCGGUGCGGCGGCGGCCGCCGCCUGCGCCGCAGUCAGCCGCGACAGCACGGUCCUCUCCAAGGCCGAUCUGGACAAGAUGUCCCAGUCCUCGGUGCAGACGCGCCGGUCGAUUCGCCACAGCGUCACUGCUGGUGGGUCGCUGUCGGCCGGGUCCGGUGCCGGGCUGGCCGUGUCUCUGGCCGGCGAUGGGGGGUCCAGCGGCACGGCCCCACCCUCGCGCAGCAACAGCAACAACCACCGGGCCACCAUUUCCGGCCCCAUUGUCGGGACUCCCUCCUCCCCGAGCACGCCGGUCAUGAUGAUGGCCACCCAGUCGCAAAUGCCCCCGCCGGUGGUCAAGUGGGUGAACUUCGCCGGGCCGGACAUCGUGGCCAAGGUGGACGACCGCGGGCGCAAGCGCCAGGAGGCCAUCUUCGAGCUGAUCGAGACCGAGAGCACAUACAUCAAUGACAUCACCUUCAUUGUGAAUCAGUAUUUGACGCCGCUGCGCACGCGGAAGAUCAUCCCGCCGAAGGCCAUCACGGCCCUCUUUUCCAACAUCGAGAUGCUGCUGCCGGUGAACAUCGAGCUUCUCCGGCAUCUGACCGAGCGCCAGAGCAUCAAUCCCAUUGUGGAGAAUGUCGGAGACAUCUUCCUCCAUGUGGCCGACUGGCUGAAGAUGUACAAUGCCUACUGCUCGAAUCACCCGUACUCGCUGAUCGAGUAUGAGCGCCUCAAGUCCCGGCCCUUCCGGGCCUUCUGCCAGGAGGUGAAGGCCCUGCCCGAGAGUCGGCACAUGGAUCUGUGCAGUUUCCUGAUCAAGCCGGUGCAGCGCAUUUGCAAGUACCCGCUGCUCAUCCGCGAGAUCAUUCGCCACACGCCGGCCGAUCACCCGGACCACCCGAACCUGGAGCGUGCCUUCCAAAAGAUCGAGACCGUGGUGACCAUCGUCAAUGAGGCUACCCGCCAGGCGGAGGGCGUGCACAAGAUGCUGUACCUCCGGUCGCGCAUCAACAAGCUGGCCGACAUCCUCACCCCCACGCGGCGAUUCAUCGCCGAGGAGACCAUCGCCCUGCUGAAGGCUCCGCCCACGGACCCGCCCACCGGCUCGGGCCCGGUGUUCGACAAGCGCCUGUACCUGUUCAAUGAUCUGGCCUUGUUGAUCCAUGUGACCGGGUCGUCCGGCAUCGGGGCCAGCCCCUCGGGCGAUGAGCAGCUCCGCCUGCUGGCGCGUGUGCCGCUAGAGUGCGCCUCGGUUGUGGCCUGUCCCGUGUCCGACCAGGGCCUGCAAUUGGUCCAUGCGGCGCAUGCGGUGUACUACAUCAUGUUCACCCGGGCGCCCAUCUGCGCGCGUGUCCUGCCGGAGAUGAUCCGCCUGGCCGAGGAGGAGGUCGAGCGCAGCGCCUUCGAGCGUGAGGCCGGCUUUGCGUCGCUCGAUGACGGUGAGGAUGAGACCUUCGAUGAGGACCUGGUCAGUGAGGGCGGCAGUGAUGUCGUGGAUCUGGACCAGGAGAGCAAUGCCCGGGCAGCGGCCGCGGCCGCGGCCGCUGCCGCCGCCGUUGCGGCUACCUCUCUCGUCGCGACGGCCGAGUCGCCCGAUGCGCCAGGCCCGGCGCCGGUCGCCUCGCCGGUCCUCAGCACCCGGACUCCGUCUCACAGCUCGGUCCAGUCAGCCACCAGCUCCUUCCAGACGGCCGAUGCCGGGUCUGCCUCGGAUGACGUCCCCGAGUUCCUGAAGGUCCGGAGCCAGCUCCGGCGAUCGGUCUAUUCGGCCACCGGGCCGGACACGGCGGCCGACAUGCCGACCUCGGGGCCUCCGCCGCUGGCGGCCAACCUGACCGCGUCGACCUCAUCGGCCGAGGAGCCGGCCCCGCCGCCGGACGCCACGGCGGCCAAGGCAACGGAUCGCCCGGCGCCGCCGAGCAUCGAAGCCACUGCGUCCACCGCCGCCGGCACUUCGCCCUCCUCCAUGAGCCCCUCUUCGAGCCCCUCGUCGCCUCCUCCGGCUCUGGCAUCGCCGCGCACGCAGUCCGGCUGGUGGUCCUCCUUCAAAUCGAUGUUCAACUCCUCCGAAACCAUCCCCACGGAUGAGGCUGCCGCGGCGGCGGCCGAUGCCAAGCGGGCCAAGAAGCAGGAGAAGCUCGACAAGAAGUCCGGCAAGAAGCGUCGGUCCGGCGUGCCCGCCAUCUCGGACCCACUGCCGGCUGGAGCGCAGACGCCAGUGCCAGCCACCCCUACCAGCGCCGAGGCGCCCGCCCCGGGCUCCGGCAAGGCGGGCGAUGCGCCGGUUGCCGCGUCCGACGUCGGCGUCAAGGCGGAGGCCGCGUCGGCUGCCACCGCAGCGGCGCCGGCCACACGCUCGUCCACCGCGCCGGUGGCCGUCAAGUCGACCGGGGCCCCGGGCCCGGGCGAUGGCCUGGCAACCGGGAUCGGAGCGAUGGCCACCAUGGAGCCGCGUGCCAAGCCGGUGGGGGGUCCUCCUGCUGAUGCGGCUGCCGCGGCGGCCGGGCGGCGCCCCGUGUCGGAGAUGAUCGCUGCCGUCAACCGCCGGGCGUCCAUCAGCGAGAGCAGUGGCCCUGCUGCUGGUCUGCAGCGCAAUGAGUCGUACCGCCGGUCGAUGAUGGCGUCCUCUGGCGGCACCGCCGGCGGCGUGACUGCCGCAUCCAGUGGCGGAGCCUCUCGCGCUGCUGCAGGUGGCACCCCGGCGGCGGCGGCGGCGACCGUUUCAGACAAGACCAUCACCUCUCUUGUGGCUACCGUGGCCGAGGGCGAUAUGGCCGACAACCUUGACACGUACAUCCUGUCGGUGAAUGUCACCCAUGAGGACGGCAGCAAGAACACCCUCUCGGUGAACAAGCUCUAUCGGGACUUCUAUGCGCUGCAUGUGGCCCUGGUCACGAGCUUCCCCUCGGAGGCUGGACGGGUGUCCUCCUCGCGGACGGGGCGCACCCUGCCGGACCUGCCCACGCGGCCGGCGACUCUCAUCGACUCGCAGGAGAGCUUCAGCGAUGUGAUUGGCCCACGCACGCGCAAGCCUUCCAUGAUCGGGGGGGAUGGGGCCGCCGGGUCGGACGGCGCCGCCGCCCGGCCAGCCAUCACGCACCACCAGCGCCUGGCGCAUCGGCGCCUGGCGCGCGAUCUGAACCGCUAUAUGCAGGUGGUUCUUGGGCACCCGGCCACCGUGUCGCUCAGUGCCCCGGUUCGGACCUUCCUCCUGACGCAGUCCGGUGCCGUGACUCCCGGUGGCGUUGGGCGGGCAGGUGCCUCGGCGGCGGUGGGGGCUUCUUCGGCGGUGGCCACCGCCGCGUCGCGGGCUCCCAGCAGUCCGCUGGAUGAUGGCGCGCCGCAGCGGCCGCGCGCCUCCUCCCCCCCGGCCGAGGUGGCUUCGGUGGUGGCUCCGGGCAGUAUCCGUUCCAACCCCUUCUUCGCCGCCGAUCGCCGUUGAGAGAGAGGGAGAGAGGGAGAGA